AUGGACCGACCACCGCCAUUCACAAAGAUCAACCACAUCAAACUUGCGGCGAAAGAUAUAAGAAUGACCCAGAUGUUCUACAAUGAGAUCAUGGGCUGCGCAUAUAUCCCGGAAUACGAUCACAAAACAGCCCAAGGAGAACUCUUUACCUCAAUGGUUAAGCUGCAGCACGAAGGCAAAGACUUCAUCGUUGAAAUUCGCCACAACGAAGCUCAGGCCAAGGCGCAAGAAGGCUGGGAUCCAAUUACAUGGGGCGUGCCUGCACGUAAGGACCUCGAUAUCUGA